CGUCUGCGGCGCUUCCGGCGGGAGAGGCGCGGCGGCCGCCAUCUUGGGCGCUGGGAGCGAGGCGGGUCCUGGGCCUGGCGGGCGCCUGGCUUCCUGGGCUGGGCCCGGGGCGAUGGCGGGGCACUUCGACGCGGAGGACCAGUCGCGGUGGUACUGGGGGCGGCUGAGCCGGGCGGAGGCGGUGGGGCUGCUGCAAGGGCAGCGCCACGGCACCUUCCUGGUCCGGGACUCAGGCACCAUCCCCGGCGACUUCGUCCUCUCCGUCUCCGAGAGCUCCCGCGUCUCCCACUACAUCGUCAACAGCCAAGGGGCGGCAGCCCCCGGAGCCGGAGGAGGAGAGGCCGCGGGGGCCCCGGGGUUGACUCCUUCCAGGUUCCGAAUCGGCGACCAAGAGUUCGACUCGCUGCCGGCGCUGCUGGAGUUCUACAAGAUACACUACUUGGACACUACCACCUUGAUAGAGCCUGUCUCCAAAUCCAAGCACCACGGCGAGGCCCAGCCGAGGCCGGAGGAGGCGGAGUACGUGCGCGCCCUCUUUGACUUUAAUGGCAACGACGACGAAGACCUGCCCUUUAAAAAAGGAGACGUGCUGAGGAUCUGGGAGAAGCCGGAAGAGCAGUGGUGGAACGCGGAGGACGCCGAGGGCAAGCGAGGGAUGAUCCCUGUGCCGUACGUUGAGAAGUACAGGCCUGCCGCCGCCACUGCCACAGCCGCCAUUGUGCCGGCUCCCGUCGGCGGAAGCCAGGACCGUGUGGCCCCGCAGCCGCCGGCAGGGCUGGAGCCUGGGCCCUAUGCGCAGCCCAGCAUCAACACUCCACUUCCUAACCUCCAGAACGGCCCGAUUUUUGCCAGAGUCAUCCAGAAGCGGGUCCCUAACGCCUACGACAAGACGGCCUUAGCAUUGGAGGUUGGCGAGCUGGUCAAGGUCACCAAGAUUAACAUGAGUGGCCAGUGGGAAGGCGAGUGUGGCAGCAGGCGGGGGCACUUCCCCUUCACGCACGUCCGGCUGCUGGACCAACACAAUCCGGAGGAAGACUUCAGUUGAGCGUGGCUCCACUGUUCUGCUUACAGGUGGGAGCAAAUAGGUGGCCUUCCACUGCAGCCGUGAGACAGACUGUUCCUGAAGAUGUCAAGAGAUGCAGGUGUUGUUUCUGCAAGCAUCCCAGUAUUGAUGUCCUGUUCCUGGGACCCAGCAUUUUAAAAAGGCUCCUGUUUCCAGGGCACAAAGCCCACAGAGGCUCCUGGGCCAAGUGGCAAAACUAGCGUCAGGGGAGGGUUAGGGCAGGCGCCACCUCUCCUCCUCCUUGUACCCCAUUAGUAUGAGAGCGCUAUGGAGGGCUCUUGUUUCCAACCUCCUGAGGCUUUUUCUGCAGGAGGAAAAGAUGCGCAGUUGUCAAAGAAGGUCACAGCAUGCUAACCCAAUAAUUUCCCUGCUUUGAGUCUGGCUUUUUCUGUAACUUCACUGCCCCAUCUCCCUUACAUACCAAGUGAGGCCUGUGUAGGGCAGGGGUGUUUGUGUUUCACGUGGUCUUUCGAUACUGGGAUAGCUGUGGUAUAACAAUGACCAUUUGAAUGUGUUGGGGCCAAAUCCAGUCAUUCUCCAGAACCCUUAAGAAAGGGGGUUCCAAAAAUAUAUAUAGUCUCCAGAACAGAAAGAGCAAGUAGGCAAUUGGAGUUCAGAGGUAGGUUUCCAUAUCUCUAAAUGUGUGGGUGCAACCUUGCACCUCCCUCCUGGUGCACAAAAUUAUGUCCAUUGCACUUCUGUCCCUUUAGUCGGAGCAGCAAGGUUUGGGGUUUUUAAAUCCGUGACAGGAUCAUGCAUUACACUUCUAAAGAUCUCCUUAAUACUCCUAGGCAUUUAGUGUAGCAGGACAGCCAUCGCUGUCGUAAUCUGAAAUGGCAAGUGCUUCCUCUCCCCCUCGUGCCACCCACCGCACACCCCUGCUGUGUGGGACUGGCUUCUUUCCAUCUGUAAGACGGUCAAAUGGCGGAUUCGUUAAGAUCUUAUUUUUUAAUAAACUAACAAAUACUCAAA